CGGCAGGUAGCCACUAGGUGGAAUGUAUAUUUUCUUUUCUCCGCAUGAUUUCACCGGUAGGUUAUCCUGACGGUGCAAACCAAGUUAGACAGUGUAUCAGGUCAUAUGUUUCAGAGAUGAGUCCGAAGUUACAUCUAUCCGUUUUGUUUGGGCUUGCAUGUCCAUGGUCCAUGUGCAUUGAUAUCAACAUAUGCCUGAUCAUUACCUCCACCAGAACGACCUCAUUUCCGUAUCCCUUGCGGACUUGCGUAGUCUAGUCUAGGCAGUCAGUCUCUUCUUAUCAGCACUGAGGCCUCUGCACGAUCAUUUGACACACAUUUUGC